AUGAACGUCGGUAUCGCCCAAGGAGAGAGAAAUCCAAAUAGUUCAUGGUUAAACAGUCGUGGCGUUUGGUUAACAUAUAUCAUACUUGUCUUUGUUCUACAUUUUAUUCUACUCAGUAUACCUUAUAUAACAACAUCUGUUGCAUGGACUUUAACAACAACCAUUCAUAAUCUAUGUAAUUAUUAUUUAUUUCAUGUUGUUAAAGGUGCACCGUGGGAAACAAGCGACCAAGGUCGAGCACGACGAUUCACGUUUUGGGAACAGAUUGAUGAUGGAGUACAAUGGACAGGUACACGGAAAUUUCUGCAAAUCGUACCGGUUGUUUUAUUCUUCAUUGCAAGUUUUUAUACCAAAUAUGAUAAGACACACUUUUUGAUUAAUUUGGCAACGAUGCUUCUCGCUGUCGUACCAAAAUUUCCCAUCUUUUUCGGCGUACGUUUACUUGAUAUCAAUCGAUAUUGA